UCGGUUUGUAGUCGGUUAAUGGAAAAUUUUAUAAACCGAACCAAAAAGGACCGACGGAGAAGCAAGUCAUUCAUCCGCAAAGCCAAAACUGAAGAACCCUUGGGUCUUCAUCGACGUACAUCCGUCUCUUAGUCCGUUGAAAUAUGGCCAAGUCUUGCAAGGGUCUUGCUGAAGAGCUUGUCAAGUGUCUCAGUGAAUCGAUGUGUGUCAAGGAGGAGAAACGGUCAAUUAGGGACUGCGCGGGUGAGAAAAGCCCAUGUAUACCGAGUGAAUGUGUUGGCCUACGGGAAACCUACUUCAAUUGUAAAAGAGGACAGGUAGACAUGAGAGCCAGGAUUCGAGGAAACAAGGGUUACUAACAGAAGACAUGUACUGCGCAUCUGCUUGCUUGUUCAAUACCACCGCAUUUUUCACUUUGUUAUUUUUUGUCUUCUUUCUGGUUUCUGCACGAUGCUAAAGGUGGGAAUGCAGGGACUUACAAUACUUGCCAUGUCAAUAUCAAGUUAGGCUUGUUCCUAAUAAUACCCAACUUGAUUCCCUUUUCCUUUCAUAAAAGCUGUUAUUUCAUCGGACCGGAUGCACUUGAAUGUCUUCCUUCAUGUAGCUUAAAGAGAGUGAAACAAUGUAAACGAUGCUGCUUUCUUCCAAUUUCUCAAUGCACACAUCUCAAACUUAACCUA